AACUUACAACCACGCCCAGAGGCAAAAUGCCAAAUCAGCACAACGGGUUCAUUGGUUCUCUAGGGAAUCUGCUCGGGCUGUAUAAAGAGGUCUCUUCUCUCUCUGAGACUAUACGCAAAUUAGCUCCAAGUGUCUCGUUAGGAAAGAGUGUGCUUCAAUAUGCUGACCGAGUCGCCACUGCUCAUCAAACAGUUCUUCCUCCCUGUAACGUGACCCAAUCACUGACCACGUGUACUGAUAUCAAGUCAACAAUACACUGUAUAGUAGAGGUUUUAUUACAGUAUCCGGAUUGGGAUGCUCAUGUGCUCACUAAAGGAUACCAACUGGUCAAUGGUUUAGUAUGUCCUUUGGUUGGUACUAAGUUUUUGGAUUCAGAAUUUCCUAAUCAAGCGGUUGACAUCAUUGCCAAUUCAUUACAAUGGAGCCAGUUAUUUGAAUGUAUUGGAUUUGAAGGUUUCUGUAACCUCAUGCUACAAUAUGCUGUAUUUGUACCACUGGAUAAUGCAAGCUACAUACAGAUCAGUGGAUAUUUGCUAACAACUAAUAUGUCAAGGUUCAUGCUACCAAUGAGAAAAGUGCCCGUUAAGCCUACUAGUAGUCCUGAUUUGAAUCAUCCUUCAACAAGGAUUUCUUCAUUAAAGAAAUCUAAUGUCAGCAUGUCCCAUUUAUGCUAUGGAUGUAAGCUGCCUCUGUCUCCAGGUAACUUAAUGAGUUAUCACACAAAACCAGCUACUAACUCAGAAGUAAAGAGCUUGUCGCUUGCAAUCUUUAAUGAUUCUGGAAGCAAAUCAAAAACAUGCAUGAAAAGGAUACAGAAGGUAUCAGAAGCCAUUGGCAUGCUUUGUUUAAUGAAGAAACACAAAUCUAUAAGCUACAGGGAACUCCUUAAAAAAGCUUCGUCAGCCACAUCUCAGAAUCCAUUUGGUGGUGAUGCUGCUGAUUUAAUAUCACAACAUGUUCCGUUAAGUGAGGUUAAAAGAUUUGUAGUGUCGUCAUUGCUACAAGUGGUACCGAAACUAGCAUGGGGUUCAAAUAGGAACAAGAGAUUGGUUUUGAAAGCUGUUUUGGAGGUAUUAUCAUUGCAUAAUCAUGAAACAAGAUCACUCACUCACCUAACCAGAGGAAUAAAGAUCUCAGAGUACAAUUGGGUCACUGGUAAGAUGGGGGAGAAGCAAUACACCCAUGUACCACCAUCCCAGAGUCUAAGUGACGAGCUGAUGGUUUUAUUGUGGAUCAAGUGGCUGAUUGAAGGAUUCGUCCUACCACUCAUUAAUAAAUACUUUUAUGUAACUGAGAGAGGAGGCUCAACCAGGAAUGUAUUGUUCUUUUAUACGAAAGACGUUUGGUCACAGAUUGUUCAGUUUGGCAUCAAAGAUUUAACUGAUAAGCAUAUACUGAAACCAAUAAAAGAGGGUGAUGUGUCUUGCUUGUUGCAAGACUCAAAAGCUUUAGGUGUCUCUUUGCUUCGCUUCUUGCCAAAAACUGAGAGUCUCCGGCCAAUAAUAAACAUGAAGACCGUCCCCAAAGGAUUGGAAGGAGUGAUAAGAGAUGAGAAGCCUCAGUCAACCAAUGCCAAGCUAGUCAAUAUCUUAGCUGUACUAAAGUAUGAGAGUUUGAAUAAACUUGGCUGCUCGAUGCUUGGAUUUAACGAGUUUUAUAAAAGAUGGAAGGAUUUCCUUGAGAGAAAGUCUGUCAGCUUGGAUGAGUCAAAUAAGUCUUGGUAUAUGAUAAGUGUUGAUGUGUUGAAUUGCUUUAAUACGGUUUUAUCCGAUCGUCUAAUGAUGCUACUUGAUAGAAUACUGACAAAAGACUGUUACUACAUUAGGGGAUGUCAUGUUAUCAAAGUGAAUAACGGGAGUAUAAAGAUGUAUUUUAAAAGAUGUGUCACUGAAGCUGCAAUGGUUCCAUUUGUUGAGAUAGCUGACAGAGUUUCAUCUUCUCAUCAUAAUGUAGUACUAUCUGAUGCAAUGUCGGUGAAAUUGAUAUCAAAAGAAAUGAUACUGUAUACAUUGGAAUGUCACCUCAAGAAUAAUAUUGUUAAGGUAAACGGGCAGUAUUUUGUACAGGUGCAGGGGAUACCCCAAGGAUCAAUAUUAUCCACUCUGCUCUGUUGUAUCUACUAUGCUGAUAUGGAGGCUAGAUGUAUUGGCUCUUAUAUAAGAACUGAAGGAUUCUUUGUAAGAUUAGUUGAUGACUUUUUGUAUGUGACCGACAAAGCUGAUUGUGUUAAAAGUUUUGAUGCAUUAUUGAGCGGGGGAAUCAGUCAGUAUAACUGCUACAUUAAUAAGAAUAAAACCAAGAGGAAUUACUCCAUUACUGAUAAUGGGAAAGUAACAAAGUGUGUUGAUGUGGAAUGGUUUAAUUGGUGUGGACUGUUAAUUAAUACUACAAAUCUUCAAAUCUUAGUUGACAAUAGCAGAUACAAGAACAUAAGAGAUUGUUUGACCAUUAGUAAUUCUAGCAUCGUUCCUGCACACUCACUCUCAAUUCAACUCAUACAAGCACUCUCGUUGAAGUGUGUCCCGCAUUUACUGGACUCACAAUUUUUAUCUAAUGGUAUGGUGCUAUGCAACUUGUACUUAAACUUCACACUCUCUGCUAUUAAGUUUCACUGCUAUAUCAAGUACUGCAUUAAAGCUCAUGGCUUGCAGUCCAAUAGCAGAGCUACUGCAUCAGAAAUAAUGAGGAUGUUGAUGAGCACCACAAGGCAGUUUGAUCAUCGAGCCAAGUCUGUAUGCAAAAGAGCAAUAGGAGUAUACAGUGUACCUCUGAUUGUUUGCAACUGGUUAUCACUUCAGUCCUUUUAUACAGUUUUUAAGCGUAAGAAAUCCCUCUAUGGGCGGCUGUUAUUCUUAAUGAAGAAUGUAUUACAAAGGAUACAUGAGUCAAUGGAUGAGAAUAUUAUCAACUUGCUGUUGGAGAUAGUUGAUAGAUGCAGCAAUGAUCCAGUGUUUAGCAUUACCUAUUAAAACUGAUUAAUAUUCAUUGAACCGCAAUAAUAACAUUCACGGUUGUAACACGUGCUAGCUCGA